AUGCGGAUCCUACGCGUUUUCAGGCAUUUAGCCGCACGCGCAGGGGCGUGUGUUGCCUGUAGGGUCGGUAUUGAGGCCCGAACCGGGUGCGACGGUGACGUGACCGGAGCACGGCAGCCGAGAGGGCGCAUCCGCCUCUGGGGAGAGAUCGCAGCAUUGCCAGGUGGCAAAGAAAACCAUGCGUUAUUUGAAGACGCCAGCCGCUGGCGCUGCGUGACCUUCGGUCCAAGUUUCGGCGCAGCGAUCGACGAUACGGGCGCAGUGUACGUCUGGGGGCAAAUGGAAGACGGCAGAUUCGUGGAGCCUCAAGCAUUGGAGGGUGCCGGGAUUGUUGACUGUCGGUGCUCCGCCACCGACCUUUACAUGCUCGGUGCUGAUGGCAACGUGUACGUGCUCCGAGACAUAAGCCAUGCACUGCGCGAGCGUUCAGAGACAUCGGGGAACAGAGUGCAGUCUAGUAAUGUGGAAUCUGGUGACGAAGGGGCCACUGGCGCGUCGGGUCAUGGCAGUGGCACCGUGGCCCGGCCGCAACACGCCGGCGAGCAGGCGGUGGAUAAGGCAAGCCUUCCUACUCCGGAACGAGUACAAGGCCUGUCAGGGAAACGCAUAGUGAAGAUGAGCGUCGGUAACGCCCAUGCGGCGUUCCUGGCCGACGACGGUUCACUCUACUGCUCCGGGGACAACAGCUUCGGACAGUGCGGAACAAAACCUUCCAACGUCUCAAUCGACCUUACUUUCAUGUGGUUGCCCAGAAGCGGUGCGGUUCCGCAGGAACUCAUCGGUGUGCGCAAAGUUGAGUUCAAGGACCCCACCACAUCCAUUGUCGAUGUGGUGUGUGGCGGAAGGCACACAUGCUGCGUGGAUUCCUGGGGAAAUGUGUACACGUUCGGGGACGACUCGAGCGUCCAACUCUUCCUCGGCGACACGCGCGGAAGAACGCUGCUGGAGCACGAACAGUAUAGGCCCUUUGCGUCGCCUAGUAGAAAAGCAAAUCGCAGCUAUACCACGUACACGCAAACCGACCGCCACCUACAGUUCAACCCCAUUCCAGUCACCCGUGUCGGCAAGCUAAGCGAGUAUAUGCAUCUGAUACGAGGCGCUCCCGCAACACUGGCAGCCGGAGACGACUUCACCGUCGUCGCCGCCACGCCUGAGGCGCAAGGCAGCGAUCGCGCCACGCACCUAAUCGCCAGCGGAGACAACCGUUUUUGCCAAUGCACCGGUGUUGACGUCAGGAUGAUUCGUCCGAGAGUAACUCGGCUUUCUGGUGUGCUGCUGCCGCACAGUUUAGGCUGCGGCAGCAGCCAUUGCAUGGCGGCCCUGACCAACGGCCAGAUCCUCGGUUGGGGGAGCAAUAAGCAUCGCCAGUUCGGUCCUAACAAGCGUACUGUUUUGACAGCUCCAACCGCGAUUCUGCCCCCCGAACAUACUGAUGAGGGCGGCGCCAGCGAGCCUCUGCCGCCCGAGACCAUCCAAUUCAUGAGGUGCUCGUUCAACAACACCGCCAUAAUAACGAACUCAUAA